AAGGGCACUUAUGACUUCUUCUUAUACAAAUAAUUUUAUACUGACGGCACCGAGAAGCUACUUAUGUCUACAGUUAUUCCACUAAAGGACACAUUCUCCGGUGUAGAUGUACAUUAAACAUCAGUUUAUAAUGACGUAGGUAGCCGUUAUGGAUUGUAAAUACAAUAUAUACUCGAAUGUCAUCCAGAAGGUGGUUCCGUUUUAUUGACAGACAGGAGAAUCAGCGAAUGAGAACGCAAGCGUCUAUCUGAUGUUAUAGUUGGCAGCCGCAACGGCCAAUCAGAGCCCAGCAGUCAGCGUCCGGUUUCCUCCGCGAGCUCGAGCAAGCAAAGGGGGGUGGGGGUCAAAGAUACGCAGAGAAACGGGCUGCUGGUGGCGAAGAUGGCGGAUGGGGACAGUGGCAGUGAGCGCGGUGGCAGCAGCGGCGGCGGCGGCGGAGGGGGAGGAGGAGGAGGCGGCGGGUUUCAGCAUUACCAGCGGGAACCGGAGACCCAGGAGCUGGCGUCGAAGCGGCUGGACAUUCAGAACAAACGCUUCUACCUUGAUGUAAAGCAGAACGCCAAAGGCCGGUUCAUCAAAAUCGCCGAGGUCGGCGCCGGGGGCUCGAAAAGUCGGCUGACCCUCUCUAUGUCAGUUGCGGCAGAGUUCCGCGACUACCUGGGGGAUUUCAUAGAGCACUACGCCCAGCUUGGGCCUAGCACCCCGGAGCAGAUCGCUCAAUCAUCCGGUGGGGAUGACACCGGGCCUAGACGGGCCUUGAAGAGCGAGUUCCUGGUGCGUGAGAACCGAAAAUACUACCUCGACCUGAAGGAGAACCAGCGGGGUCGGUUUCUCCGGAUCCGGCAGACCGUCAACCGAGGCCCCGGCUUCGGAGUCGGAGUGGGUGGCAUCCCCGGAGCUGGCCUGCAGGCCGGACAGACCAUCGCACUCCCGGCCCAGGGCUUAAUAGAGUUCCGCGACGCCUUGGCCAAGUUGAUAGACGACUACGGCGGCGAUGAGGAGGAGCUGGCCGGCGGCGGAGGGGCCGGGGGUUACAGCGAGCUUCCGGAGGGCACCUCUAUCAUGGUGGACUCCAAGCGUUUCUUCUUUGACGUGGGGUCCAACAAGUACGGAGUUUUCUUGCGGGUGAGUGAAGUGAAGCCCAGUUACAGAAACUCUAUCACGAUACCGUUCAAGGCGUGGAGCAAAUUCGGGGGUGCGUUCAGCCGCUACGCCGAGGAGAUGAAAGAGAUCCAGGAGCGGCACCGGGAUAAGAUGUACGAGAGGAGAGCCGGAGAGGAGUCGGAGGGCGACGACGUGGACGACGAUUGAUGGAGAGAGUGGCUACUUGUGGUGAAGCUGACAACAUGAUGCAAAGCCUGGAGAUAAACAUAGAAACAGAGAGAGAGGAACGACUAUUCUGUGCAUGACGAAUCGAACUAUAAAAUGCUAAAACAACGGAGUAAAAUUUAAAAAGUAUAUUUGACUGAGAAAUUACUGUCUAUAUAAGAGAAUCAUGUUCUAAAGUUUAGGUGGAUGUUAUAGCUAAAUGAGUGCGGACUGCAGUAGUCAGCUCCUGUAUGAGAUUCCCCAUUGAUUAUUUAUAUAUAUAUGUAUGUGUAUAUAUAUAUAUAUAUAUAUAUAUAUAUAUAUAUUGUCCAUUUGAUAACCUCAAAACAUGUAGCCCAGCAAAUUAAGUUUGACAGUGCUCAAGACACAGCUGUAGGUCUCCAGUCCCGCUUCCUAGUUGAUAUCCAAUGGUAAGAGCUCACCUGGUGCUGACCUGUAGUCUGUGUGAUGAUAACAAGGAAGUGUGAAACGUGUGACAUACUCAAACCAGCAGGUGCGGAGUGGGAGUGAGACGGAGCGCCUGCAUCACUCACCAUGGCUGUGUGUGUUUUUCGUCUAAAGUGACCUGUAACAAACGGCUUGCCCAGACAGACCCACAACACCCAGAGCCACGGUCUCAGCUAUAGGGGGCAUCCUUGGCAUCGCAGGACAUCCAUUCAGCUCAGCGAGGUUCCACAAGGUGAUCUGUUACAAGCACAUGACUCAUUUGGAUUCUCUGGACAAUCCAAAUGAGUCCAAAUGACCUCCACCCUUCUUUCCUUCUCUCCCUCCCUCCUGGGCAUCCCUCAGGUGCUGACCUCCUGCUCCGAUAGCUGAAAUGCGGUGACGCUCGCUCACACGUGGCUUGUUGUGUCUCAGGGCUGGCUAGUCCCAUCCGUAUUUUUGGGGUAUAUCAGCAUCACCUGUGCCUGUGCGUCAUUCUCAAGAGGUUCUGGGUGCAGAUCUGGUCAGCCAGUUGCUGCAGUUGAGACGUCUGUGGCAACUGAUGAUGUCUCAUGUGAUGCAGGGCCACGUUUGACCCCUGUGACCUUUCUGUCAAAGGGGAUGCAGUGAGCUCAGGCCUCUAGCACUAGUCACGAUUUUUCAAGUUAAAGCUUAAUAUUGCCAGGCUUGAGCUAGCAUCUCAAGGGAAUUUACCUUGUCGACUUAUUUGGGUGCGCCAUUUGGAUCCUUUAAUCUUGAACUCAGACCAUUAAUGACUGAAGCAAUAUUCAGUCUGAUUGUAAGAAAAAUUAGGUGCUUUGGGAAAACAAAAACCCACAAUGGGGUGCUGUACCUAAAGAAAAAAAAAAAAGAAGAAAAAUAUAUACUGGAAGAGAUUUACUUACUAAAAAAUCAAGUAUAGAUAGAAUUAUUUUUCAAAAGAGAUAUAUUGAAAUAUGUCUUAGAAAUAUGAGACAUUUAUUAGAUAAUGCUGCCUAAAGUGGCUUAUUUAAAACACUAAACUUGGAUGCAACUGUCCAGGAUGAUAUUUCAUACCUGCUUUUUUCCUAACAUUUCUUUUAUUCCUUAGAGGAAAUUAAGAAGAGUACAACAGAUUGAUAACAGAGUAUGUUAUAGCAAUUUCUAGAAAAACAACUUCAUUGAAGUAGUUUGUCAGCAAACACUCAGCACUCCAGUUCACUUUACAGAGCAUCGAGUUGUCCCCUCGUUUCAGUCCACCCGUUAUACCAUGUUUUGUCCAUAAAUUGGCUUUCCAUCAGUUGCCAUACGACGCAAACAUAAAACAUCCGCAAUCAUCAACAUUUUGUCUUUAGUGCUCCUUUUUAAAUAUGAUCUUUUUUUUUUUUUUUUUUUUUUUUUUUUGCAUGCCUGCUCUUAUGCGGAGCUGCCUUGUGUUCUUUUUCUUUUGCAUACUCUGAUUGCUGUAUGAUGGUAUUUAUCCAUAUUUGAGAGCGGUUUCAAGUUUUAUUUCUGUAUUGCAAUGGAAAAAAAAAAAAGUUUAAAGUUUACUUCUAAGCCUAAUAAAAAAAAAAAAAAGCCACAAAGUUCCCAUGCUUUUUGGGAAACGUCACUUUCAUUGUCCCACUUCCUUUGGUGUGUAAACCUCUCGUUGAAUUUUAUUUUACCCACUUCAACACAGCAGAGAAAUGCCAUAUGAUAAAAAAAAAAUAAUGAACACCUGGGAGCAAUAGUUUUUUUUUUUUUCUUUUCUAUUGAUAUAAAUAUACUAUAUAUAAUAUUACACAUGAGAUUGAACUACAUCCUUCUUCCUGUACUGUGUUACGUGAAAUGGCAGCUGUUUCAGUCAUGUGUGUUCUGCUGUAAUAUUCUACCAAGUUCCUUUCAACGAGAAAUAAAAAAGGUUUUUGCUCAGGA